AUGAAUUUUUAUCGUUAUUCCGUCACCGGUUUUGACGACCUCCAAUUAAUGUUACGUCAAUUAGAUUCUCGUUUAAAACAAAGUUCGCAUCCAGACAGACCUUUACCUUCCCAUAUUAUUUUUGUUUAUUUUACUGAUUCGAAAUUAUCUGACGGCUCUAAUUGGUGUGAGGACUCUGCUAAAGCAGACCCUGUAGUUUGGCUAGCUUUGGAUAAAUUGGAGGAAAAAUUAAAAAAUGAAGAGUUAAAUAGUUCUAGUCCAAUUAAUAAUGUGCCUAUACAUUGGGUUAAUUGUCAAGUUGGUGCUCGUGAUUACUGGUAUAAUCCAAAUAAUCCAUUUCGACGUGAUCCUCAACUUCGUCUACACCAAAUUCCAGCAUUAUUAGCCAUGUUUAAAAAGGGUGGAGAAUGGGCAGAUUGGGGGAAUACUGAAGAUGUUAGUCAAAUUUAUGAAAAAGAAGAAUAUUUUGGUGAUUUAAAAGCUAUACAAGUUGUGAUUGAUGAUUUUUUACAUUUGGCUAGUAGAUUUGCUAAUUGA